AUGGAUCAACAAGUGCCACGCGAAAUCAGUCGCGUGUUUCCCAAGCACCGGCAGGAUGUACUGCGGUGGGAUGGUUGGGGCUAUAAGGAUUCCAAAUUUGUGUACAAGAAUGGCGCCAUAUCGUUUGUGGGUGAUAGGUAUCCGAUUUCCGGUUCUAGAUUGGACAACUUUCGGGAUUGGAUUACCGAUAUGUUUAAUUUAGACCCAGCGCUAAUGAAUUCGGCAGCCACUCCGCCAACGGAGUUUCCCAAACCUUUGAGGAACGAGAAUUUUCUGACCGGAUUGAAGGAAGCUGGUGUGGAAUUUUCGGAAGAUGGAAUGGAUCGCAUGAUGAGGUGCCACGGUCAAACGCUGACUGAUAUUGAGAGCCUACGGAAGCAUAAAUACAAGCGAUUACCGGAUGUGGUUAUUUGGCCUAAUUGCCACGAGCAAGUGGUGAAAACUGUGGAAGUGGCCGCUUUCUAUAAUAUUGCCCUGAUACCGGUUGGAGGAAAUACUUCGGUUUCGCUAGCAUCGACAACUCCGUUGAUUUACGACAGAACGAUCGGUUGUUUGGAUAUGACGCAGAUGAAUCGGAUGCUUUGGCUAUCCGAGAAAAAUUUAACCGCCUGCUUCGAAACAGGGAUCGCCGGGCAGGAUAUUGAACGAGAACUGGGAAAGCAUGGAUUCAUGCUAGGUCAUGAACCGGAUUCGUAUGAAUUCUCCACUCUGGGCGGCUGGAUCGCUACACGGGCUUCCGGAAUGAAGAAAAAUCGCUAUGGAAACAUUGAAGAUAUCGUUGUGCGGAUAAAAAUGGUGACUGGGAAAGGUGUGUUAGAAAAACAAUGCACAGCGCCCAGAGUUUCCGUUGGACCGGACUUCAAUCAUGUGAUUUUCGGUUCUGAAGGCACCCUAGGAGUUGCUACGGAGGCGGUAGUGAAGAUUCGUCGGAUACCGGAUGUGAUACACUACGAAUCGCUGGUGUUUGGGAGCUUAGAAACGGGAGUGCGGUUUUUGCGUGAAGUGGCCGAAAAGCGAUUGCAACCGGCCAGCAUUCGAUUAAUGGAUAACACGCAGUUCAAAUGCGGAGUGCUUUUGGAUCCCAAAGGAUCUUUCUUCACGGGAUUUUACGAAUUUGUGAAGAGGUUUUAUCUCACGACGAUUUGCGGGUUCGAAAUAGAUCGCAUAGCUGUGGCAACACUGUUGUUCGAAGGAGACGCUAAAAGCGUUGCUUAUCACGAGGAACAAAUUAUUCGAAUUGCGAAGAAGUACGGUGGUGUUGGAGGAGGUGAAAAGAAUGGUAAAAAAGGAUACAUGUUGACGUUUGUUGUAGCCUACAUACGGGAUUUCGCCUGGGACCUCAACAUUGUCGGAGAAUCCUUCGAGACGUCCGUCGCGUGGGACAAAUGCCUCCUGCUAUGCACGAACGUGAGGGCCUGUAUCGAGCGCGAGGUAGCCAAACGCGAGAUAAGGUAUUUUGUUGUAUCGACUCGGGUCACGCAGAGCUACGACGAUGGGGCGUGUGUUUAUUUCUAUCUACUGUUCAAACAUUUGGACGUACCGGAGGACUCCCUGAAGCUGUUCAUGGAGAUCGAGGAGAUUGCUCGGGAGGAAAUUCUGGCUUGCGGAGGGACCCUUUCCCACCACCACGGGGUGGGCAAGUUGAGAAGCAAGUGGUACCCGGCCUGCGUUUCCGAGGUCGGGGUUGGCUUGUACGGUGCGAUCAAGAAUGAGCUGGACCCGAAGAACAUUUUCGCUGCGGGAAAUUUAGUUAGGCCGGAGGACUUGAAGGCGAGGUUGUGA